AUGAAUCUUUGGGUACUGCUGCUGCUGCUGUGCGCAUUGCUUGCUGAUGCCAAAAUCGCCAACGAGCCUUGCCUGAGCAACGACAACUGCCCCAAGGGAAAGUACUGCACAUGGUUUGGCCGGGAGUUCCUGGGGCAUUGCGAGUUACUGGCAAUUGGCCAUUGCGCGAGGCAUGACGACUGCCCUGGGUCCGCUGUUAUGUGCGUGAGAGCUACCAAGGGGAGGCCCGGUUAUUGCUGCGUUCGCUGCUCUUUUUCCUGGGUCUUCUCGCUGUUGUUGUCCAUGUGCAAGCUGUUGGGAAGAUUUGCAACCAAGACGCCGACUGCCAAGGUCCUGGACUAUCAGGCAGACGUAUGUAUUGUGAUAAAUGGCGGGCCGGCAGCCACUGCGCGGAAGUACACCCAGGUCGUUGCU